GACCCACUUUGGAUUAUUUAUCAGGGUAUUCAAUUUUUCCAUCACUUCUCUUAAAGCCACUUAGACAGUUACAUAAUAUUUUCCCGUCGCAAUGUUAUUUACUCUCUCUAAUGCUGUUCAAACCCUUUCGUCACCCUGCACUUAUUUUCCACAUAACUCCUCUUCUAAAUUUAAGUGUGUUAGUUCUAAAGUUCCCGUCUUUGCGCAGAAACCCCGCGAGAGCAGUUACUACAUUGAAAGGGGUUUGGAGUUUUGCGCCGGUGACGCGUUUUUCCGGCAAGAGAGCGCAACCGGCAGAGACCUCGGCGUUUUGGCAGCUUCUCUGCACAAGAAAGAGAAUGGGAGGUUGCGUGUUCUCGACGCGUUGUGUGGGUGCGGAAUUCGGUCGCUACGGUACUUGGCGGAGGCCGAGGCGGAUUUUGUGGCGGCGAAUGAUGGGAACGAGGACUAUGGAAGCACCAUUGUGGAGAAUUUGAUGCGGGUUUCGGCGGAAGAGGAAGGGAGAUGGGUGGUUACUCAUUUGGAAGCUAAUAGGGUUAUGAUGGAUUAUUAUUUGCAGAAGAGUUUCUUUGAUUUUAUUGAUGUUGAUUCUUUUGGGAGUGAUUCCUCUUUCUUGAGGUCUGCCAUUUGUACUUUGAAAUUGGGUGGCUUGCUCUAUGUUACUUCCACUGAUGGCUUCUCAUCUGGUGGCCACCGUCCUCAUCAUUCUUUAGCUGCAUAUGGAGCUUAUGUGCGCCCUAUGCCGUAUUCGAAUGAGAUUGGUUUGCGAAUGCUCAUAGGUGGGGUUGCCAGGGAGGCUGCAUUGUUGGGGUAUCAUAUCACUCCCUUGUUUUCAUACUAUGCUUUUCAUGGACCUGUUUUUCGAGUCUUGCUCAGAUUGAAUCGUGGGAAGAUUCAUGACAGUAGGCAUUAUGGUUAUAUUGGCUACUGCCACCAGUGUGGAAAUUCCCAUGAAUUUUCUUGGGAUCGACUUGGCCAGAUCAGUUGCUCCUGCAGUACGCCUAAGGUUUCAAACUCCCUUGUGGUCUCAGGACCUCUUUGGACAGGACCUCUUCAUGAUGCUGCAUAUCUUACGAACAUGUUAAAUCUGGCCAAGCAGUGGAAAUGGAUAGUUGAUGACGGUAAAGACAGCCUCGAAAAGCUUAUAAAACUGAUGGUGGAUGAAAGUGACCCCAAGUUGCCAUUUGGGUAUAUCAAGUUGGAUGAGAUGGCAAGCCGUGCAAAAAUCAAUUCUCCACCUUUGAAGGCCUUGAUGAGCGCCAUGCACCAGAAGGGUUAUGCUGCCAGCAGGUCUCACAUAGAAACAAAUGCAAUUAAGACAAAUUGCCCCAUGACAGAAUGCAUUAAGAUUGCCAAAGAACUAUUGCAGUUGCAGGUUUCUGCCGCUUAAUGAUUUCAGGGCUAAAUGUCUCUAGCUGUAAAAACGACGCACGCAUAGUACAGUCACAACAAACUAUGCUUGGUUAAUGCUUAUUAGGAGUUAGAAGCAAAGGUCAUAGCUAAAUUUUGUAUCUGUAACCUAAUAAGGAACUAUGGAUAUGACCUUAUAGUUAUUUGAUAAUAUUAAAGCUGUUUGUAUUGGAUUGGUUUUUGAUUUUA